GCCAUUACUGAAGUCAGACAAAAUUGAUGAUGAACCCCCGUACCAGUGCCCAGGAUGUGAUGCGAUGUGACCUGUGUGAGACCGCUGUGGUACAGAUGCACUGUGAUACAUGUCUUGUCAACCUGUGUAGGGCCUGCGUGGGAGAACACAUAUCAACAGAUGAAUCCAAGGACCACAAAGUCGUCAAAUUUCAGUCCAGGAAAUCCACUCCCCUCUACCCUGAAUGUAAAUCUCAUGAUACACAACAAUGUAUCAUGUACUGUAAGCAAUGUGACAUUCCUGUCUGCAUCAGCUGCAUUGAAUCAAAUGAACAUUUAGGUCAUGAAUUAUCUAAAAUCUUGCGAGUUCUGGAUGAAAAGAAAGAAAGAAUUACAAAAGAAAAAAUGAAUCAAAUGAUAAAAUUUAUCCAAGCUACCAGGGCAUUGCCUCUGAUGUACAAAACAGAAUGAGUCAGUUAGAAAAGGAAUAUGGAGAUCUCUCAACAGCCAUAACAAAACAUGGAGAGGACUGGCACAGAGAAAUUGACAAACUUGUCAAGAAACUUAAAGCUGAAGUUGAUAAGAUGAAAAACACACAGUUACAAACUCUACAGAAACAUCUGGAUGAAAUAAACAAGAACAUUUCUGACAUCAAAGAUGAAAUCAAUUUGGCUGAAAUGGCUAUAGACACUAAUGACUUGUCAAAACUAUUUAAUGUCACAUCCAGUGUACAUAUAUAUAAAAGUCUUCCAUUUAAAAUUAUGCCAUCUUUACCCAAAUUCAUGCCCCCAAAAAUACACAAAGAAGAACUUCUUAAACUAUUUGGAGUCUUAUCAUCAAGUUCUUUAACUUCAGAUAAACAUGGCUACAGCAUGAAGACAACACAUAAAUCACCAGAAGCUGGAUCCUCUCCUCCAGUCAAACAGCUGCUUGUUGAACCAAAGAUUGUCAGCAUCAUAAACACUGGGUAUAGAAACCUUUACAAUGUGGCCUGUCUGAGUGAUGAAGAAAUCUGGACAACUAAGGACAACACCAUGAAACUCUACAGCAUCAAUCAGGGAUCACUACUCAAGUCAAUCACAACCAAGUUAGGGAACAUACCAGGGGAUAUAGCAGUGACAAAAAGUGGAGAUCUAGUUUAUACUGAUGCUAUGGAUAGAACUGUGAACAUUGUGAAGAAUGAGAAGAUAGAGGAGGCGAUCAGACUACAGAACUGGAAACCUGACGGUGUCUGUAGUACCUCCUCUGGUGACCUCCUGGUUAUCAUGGUCAGUGAUGAUUACAAACAAACAAGAGUUGUCCGUUACUCUGGCUCCACAGAGAAAAAAAACAUCCAGUUUGAUGAUAAAGGUAAACCUCUCUAUUCAUCUGAUACCAGAUACAUAACAGAGAAUAGGAAUCUGGAUAUCUGUGUGUCUGACAAUGGAACUAAAGCAGCAGUGGUGGUCAAUCAGGCCGGGAAACUGAGAUUCAGGUACACUGGACAUACUCCUGCUCCAAAGAACAAACCAUUCAGUCCAAUAGGAAUCACCACAGACAGUCAGAGUCACAUCCUUACAGCUGAUUAUAAGAAUGAGUGUGUCCACAUCAUAGACCAGGAAGGACAGUUCCUCUAUUACAUAGACUGUGGACUAAGUCAACCCUGGGGACUGUGUAUAGAUACAAAUGAUAAUCUGUUUAUUUCUCAAAAUGGAAACAUAAAAGUGAAGAAAGUCAAAUAUCUGCAGUGAGAUGUAUCAUUGUGGCGUUUUUAUAUACUGUAUACAGCGAAAUUCUCAACCCUGUUUUAUUUUUGCUCCUUUCGCCCUUACCUCGGUUGGGCAAAUUUAAGACGGGGUGAAUCUAAAGAAUGCAGUACUGUAAAUCACUUUUUAUUUGCGAGCACUUUAUUUUUGCAUAAUUGCGCGAGACAGUAUGCUCGCGAAAAUUUCAUUCUCGCGUAUAAUAGAAUUCCUUAAGAUUAUAUAGUGCAAUGACCACAAUUCGUGAAAAUUUUGUCUCGCUUAUAAAAAGUCAAUGACUAUCUCGCGAAAAUAAGGUGUCGCAAAAAUUAUGGAUUUCUAAAACAAAACUGUGACUGGGCGAAUUUAAGAUGGGCAAAAUUGUUUGCAAGAUUGAUAGGGCGGAAAUAGAGACGAGGCGAAAAUAACCCUGUAUACAGUAUAAGUUAUAGCUAAAGCGUUAUAGAAUAUAACUGAUGUAAGAAAGAUAGUCUUAUAAAUAAAUGAAGGUUUCUGUCAUGGGAAAAAUAUGCAGUAAAUUGAGAGUGACAUCCUAAUCAUAAACAAUGAACACAUGGCUUAAUUACA